UGCGCAUGCACGGCCACACAUUUUAAAGGAAUUAACUUCAUUUUCAGGGCAGGCGGCACCUAUCAAGUUUAAAAUCCUGUCUACACGAGGUGUUUUCAAUGCCACGUCUUUUUUGGUUACUGAUUUGAUUGAACAUGUGACUGAAUUAGCUAGGCUCACAUGGCUGCGGUGGCUGCAUGAUCCGCUUUACUUUUUUAAAGUCCGGUGAUCGGUAGCUCCCUCGGCAGCGACCAUCCACAGCAGAGGACCGCUGAAAAACACAGCGCCUACCCGGACAAAUCAUGGCGAACAGCGGGCAGAAAGUUGUGCUGAUCACCGGCUGCUCCUCCGGCAUCGGGUUACGAAUCGCCGUCACGCUGGCCAAAGAUGAAAAGAAGCGUUACCAUGUCAUUGCCACCAUGCGGGACCUGAAGAAGAAAGACAAGCUAGUGGAGGCAGCAGGAGAUGCAUAUGGCAAGACCUUGAUAUUGCUUCCACUAGACGUGUGCAGUGACGAGUCAGUCAAGCAGUGCAUCAACAAUAUCAAGGACCGCCAUAUUGAUAUCCUGAUAAACAAUGCAGGAGUGGGCUUGCUGGGACCUGUGGAAAGCAUCAGCAUCGAGGAGAUGAAAAGAGUAUUUGAGACCAACUUCUUCGGUGUUGUUCGCAUGAUCAAAGAAGUGAUGCCAGACAUGAAGAAGAGGCGUUCAGGACACAUCGUGGUCAUGAGCAGUGUCAUGGGUCUUCAGGGAGUGGUGUUCAAUGAUGUUUACACUGCCUCUAAGUUUGCCAUGGAAGGUUUCUGUGAGAGUAUGGCCGUGCAACUGAUGAAGUUCAAUAUCCGUUUGUCCAUGAUUGAGCCCGGCCCAGUGCACACUGAGUUUGAGACAAAGAUGAUGGAGGAUGUGGCCAAGAUGGAGUAUCCAGGAGUAGAUGCCGACACAGUCCGUUAUUUUAAAGACGUUUACCUGCCGUCAUCCAUAGAUAUAUUUGAAGCCAUGGGCCAGACGCCAGAGGACAUAGCUAAAUGCACUAAAAAGGUUAUUGAGUCGAACAGCCCUCGCUUCAGGAAUCUGACUAACAGCCUCUACACGCCUAUUGUGGCCUUAAAGUACGCAGAUGAGACUGGUGGCCUGUCUGUCAACACCUUCUACAACCUACUCUUCAAUUUUGGCCCUCUCAUGCACAUCACCAUGAGCAUCCUCAAGUGCCUUACAUGCAGCUGCCUGCGUAGACGCACCGUCUCACCUAACUGAAGAGGGUGUCCAACCCUGCCCCUUAUCCUUACCUUCCCAUAUUGUUGAACCCCACCCAGUUCCUACUGCCUUAUCCUGAGGUUUUGGGCUAAGCAGGCAGACUAGAGCCAUUAACCCUGGAGAGAGGAGGUGCCUUUUAGUUCAACGAAACUGCCAUGAUAAGCUUUGCCAGACAACAUGCACAAUUGCACAAGUUUGUCACAGAGAUGUAUGCAGAAUGACCUCAUGUACUCACAUAUACACACACACACACACACACACACACACACAGAGAAACAUACAUAUGCAAAAACACAGAAAUACAAGCAACACACACAUUGGAUUAUUGUACAUACAUACUAUAAAGCUAAGGCCAUGCCUUUGUCAGAUAUGGCGUGGCUAUAUAGAGGUUAGAUGUCUAUAUCAUUUAAUAACACACACAGGCAUGACAUGAGAUACAAGCCCCAUGGACAGACAACAAAGUACAAAAAAUGAACUCAGUUACAGAGAGAAACAAUAACAUUAUAGAGAAAUAAUAUGCUAUAAUUUGUAGCUGCCUAGUUAACAAUUCAAUCAGGCUCACCAGAGUUAUAACAUGUAUGACAAAGACGGAAAGAAUAUAUCUGCUUUUAUUGUGCUGUGCCCUUAAGCUUAAUUUCAUGUUUUCCAUAGCAUAGUGUUCUCAUGGCCAUAACUGCUGUUAAAUCAUAUUUUAUAAUCUUUUGAUAAACUGAAUGUUUUUCAAGGUUUGUGAAGGGGUGUAAGAUAUUUUUAAUCUAGCAUCUUGAUUUAAAAAUAAACAGAAUUCUGAUUUAUCCUUAAUAA